UUCAAUAUUUAUUUCACGUACAUUGAGUGAAUCUCAGCCACGCCAGAGGAUCCGCCUCAGCUUCUGAGCCGCCGCUGGAGGCUACACAUGCAAAUACAGAGGGGUUAUUUAAAGACAUACACUAAUAACACAUCGUGCCCUUGCCUUUGGAAGUGAGUCUGAACUGAACACACACACACACACACACACACACACACACGCACGCACACAUGGACAAACACAAACACAAACAGACAGACGCGAAUGCCCGUCUGGCUCAAACCGAACCUGAGGACACAAGCAUCCCCGCAUAUUUGCGGCUGAAGAUUUCAAAGGACACUUUAUGUUGGUGAAACUCAUUCAUCAUCAUCUAUAACAGGACUUUUGAGUUAUUUGCUCGAGAGCUGGUGACGCGUUGCUAAUCUAAUGAGGCGCUCAAGACAUUCCAGUUAUUUAAAGCGCAGAGCCCUGAUGAGGCAAGUCUUGUGGCGCUGCUCGAACGUCAUUUGUGCCUUAUUUCUACUGAGAGAUCGUGAACAUGACACGUUGGGAGAAAAAUAGGGCAUUAGUUGUAUACGCUUUGGGCCUUUUCGUGGGGAAGAAACUAAACCAUCAGCGUUGAUCUGCAUGUGAUUUAUUUCGUAUUAAAACCUCGCCGGUGAGUCUGCGGGUUUGUUCGGAUGUCCCGAAGCGUCCUGACUGUAGCAGCAAAGCCCAGGCCUUGCCACAACACAACACAUGACACCAAACGAAGGGGGGAUUUUUAUUUUCACUGAAGACAACAUGGAGACUGAGGGAAAAAAACAAAUGCAUCAUGUGGGUUAGAAACUAGCUUCAUUAUAUUCAGGGAAUUCCACGAAAAACGAAUAAAUACCAUACAUUGGGUCGCUCAUUUAAAGCGACAUUAACGUGUCUUCUUCCCUGUACGACAGGAAAUAAUCCAGCUUUUGUUGAUGAAGUUUAUUCCUAGUCACCUAGAUUGAGUAUUAACCACGAUGAAAAAGGCGCACCUCUUUUCAAAGUCACUGUAUUCAUGUGUCGCAAUAGCAGCCUAUAAUAAAGAUGGUUGUCUGGUUUCGGCUGCAGCGCACUAUUUGUUCACGUUGUUGCUACUGAACUAGAUCAGAAUAAUAGUUCUCACUUGGACGUGAUUAUUGUCCAAUAAUUUUUACAAAACACCUGAAUAGUUUUGUGGAAAGAAUUGAGAUAAAUCAACGUUUUUUGAUUAUUAUUUAUAUUAUUAAAGAAACAAUAAAAAAAAUAAUAAAUUAAAUUCGUGCAAAGCCCGCAUCGUUUCGAAAGAGACAUCACAUUCGUACACGCUCUUCUGGCCCAAACCUAGUCUGAGAAUAAAAAAAAACAACAACAAUUAAAAGUAGGCCUGUUAAAUAUUAGAUUUAUAACAUAUCGAAACAACAUGUGAAGCAACAAGCAAGCGUCCUGGAAAUAAUACAGGAUCAUGUUACAAUAGCUCAGGUAUGCAGUCAAUCGUUUAUUAGGCUGUAAGAUGUUUUGUGUCAACAAUAAAACAAAAAAAGGGGGAAAGACAAAUGGAAGAAACACGCGUGUCGUAAUUCCUCUUAACUUUUACACCACAAUAAGAAAUGUCCUCACAAGGCCUGACAGCACCUAACCUACAAAUUCCAGCGUCUAGUUAAUAUUUUGCAGCACAUUUCAAGAUGAGAUUAAACAGCCGGCUUCAUGAGUUCAAGGUCCAGUCUAGUUAAAGUUAACCAACUGGUCUAAUAACAUUUAAUGUGUUCGGGUUUUUUCUUUCUUUUCUUUCUUUCUUUCAUUUUUUUUUUCUUUUUUGAGGAAUGCUGGUUCACAUUAUCCUGGUUCAGGGGAGUCAUUUGAAUGAACACGCAAAUAAAUAUUCUCAGCUCAAAUAAUAAAAUAAAAACACCAGGUUUUCGAAAUGAAACUUUAAAAUGUGUUGCUGCAAAUCUACAAAAGGACGUGAGUAAAAAGGCCUUUGUGAGGGCGUCACAGCGUUGAAUAUCAGCAGGUCAAACACAAAAGCGAACCUCCAAUUUUAAGGCUACUGCGCAACGUCAAGGGUUAAAAACCGCGUCAGUAGUUCGACCAUUUGUCCAGUUUAAACGCCGGUUUUUGUUCUGAUUGUCUUUCGAGCAACACACCUGCUUACAUCUCUUACCUUGCUCUAAAUCGGUGGCAAAAGCAAAGCAAAAUCGGUGAAAACACACACACACACACACACACACACACACACACACACACACACACACACACACACACACACACACACAAACACAAAUAAAACAGACAUAAAAUGCACCCUGUUUCUAUGAGAAGUCCUCCGCGCCUUCCUCUCCACAGCGGCGGCGCCGGGACGAAAAAUAAAUCACACGUUGAUUGCAUUAAUUAUCUGCAGUUCAGAGCCGAAACACAAUUAAAAUACCAAAAAAGCCACGUAGUGAGUGCCCACAGAGAUCCUGCUGCAGCAGCCGUCCUUUGUUCCCUCUGCUGCGGGCCUGAUGUCCUGACCGGCUCGCGGCCGCUCGGUGGCGCUCGUGCUCCACCGAAAAGCCUCCGGAUCUCCCAACUUGACCGCGCUGACGUCACGUCAGUCUGGAGCAUCAAGGCCACUUCCACGCCGCUAUUGGUCUGAAAAUCACAUGACUUGUCUCCCAGCAUCCAUAAUUAUGUUACUGAUAUUUUUUGCACCCCCUUCCAAAAGAUGUCAGCAUCCUACUGUCCUUACUCUCCUGGAGAAAUCCCGUAGUUCAGAGCGGUGGAUCACACCAAGCGAUUACUGUGGUGCCAAAUGCAAAAAUGUCAUGUCCGAAUAACAUAGCGCCCGGUAACUUCCUGAUGGAUUCCUUAAUGGGAGGAUCAUCUUCCUUCAGGGGUGAGGGUUAUUCCAGCAACCCCGGGAUGUACAUCCACACAGCUGCAGAGUACGGAUAUUCAGUGAUGAGAAACAUUGGGAAGGUUGGACCAUCUUCACUCUCCAAAAGAGACGAGCUCCCUCCCGGCGGCGUGCCGCUCAGCGGCUUCCAGGAUGCGUCCUACCUGUCAACACAGCUGGCCACAUGGACCCCAGGCUCCAAAACCAGCAGGGACGAACAACCUGUUGCCCAGUGUUUACAACCCUGCUCGUUUCCAGCGGGCACCGUCAAAGAGGAGGCGUUUUGUUGCCUCUAUCAGGAUGGCAGCAAUAAGGGGAAACAGACAACAGAGGCGGCCACUUACAUCCGGCUCGGAGACAAUAGCUGCCGGCCCGAGCAAUCCGCCGCCUCGUCCAGCGGCUGUUUCCAGGUGUACGACGGGGAGAGGCCGCAGCAGGACGAGUCCCGGCAGUUCCCCUCCGGCUUCUCUCUGACCCACUUGGCGACAUCUGUUGAGUCAGCACCAGAAUCGACAAUAAGUUGCGGCAAAGCGUCGCAGGAGACAGCGAGAGAGUUUUCAAAGACAGAUGAGAGUCAGAGCAGGAAGGAGGAGAAGCCCAAGAGUGACAGCUGUUCAGAUAACUCGGACGGGGAAUCAAAAGAUGAUUUAUCCGCGGAAAAGACAACGGGAAGCUGGUUAAAAGCCAAAAGUGGAAGGAAGAAGCGGUGCCCCUACACAAAGCACCAGACGCUGGAGCUGGAGAAGGAGUUCUUGUUCAACAUGUAUCUGUCUCGGGAGCGCCGCCUGGAGAUCAGCCGGAGUAUCAACCUGACCGACAGACAGGUCAAGAUCUGGUUCCAAAACAGACGCAUGAAGCUGAAGAAGCUGAGCAGGGAGAGUCGAGAGAGGGAGCAGAGUGCAGUUUACAACUACUCCUGAACACUUUUAAUACCAACACACACACACUCACACAUACACAUACAUACAUAAACACACACGCACGCACACACACAGAAGACACAGACAAUGCAUGUGCCAUCUUAUAAUGCAUUCAUUCAUCAGUUUCACUACAUUUGCACACACACACACACACACACACACACACACACACACACACACACACACACACACACACGCCGUGCCUUCCUUUGUGAACUACACAACGCUGCGACCUGCAGACUCGACCUGAGUUCCAGGUGAACCCCCUCUGUCUCUCUCUCUCUCUGUCUCUGUCUCUCUCUGUCUCGCAGCAGCAGCAGCAGCAGCAGCUGGAGCAGUGAGGUGCCACCGCCUCAAUGCAAUGAUAAUUAUACUCUAACACGAAGCGACCGAAAGGAGGAGGCAAAUCUCACGCAGUCUAAUAAAUAACUCGUGGCAUGUAGAGCCGAGUUAUAAUGAAUGUUUUUUUUUUGCCACUUGUGCAGCCUCCCUCGUUGGUGUCUGUCGCUGUGCCAGUGUACAGUGUGCAUGCACAAGACGAUGUUGAGCUAUGUCAUGGCAAACGAUUCUAAAAACAAUAAAAGGAGGGGGAAACCGAAAGGUAUUACCAACUUUGUCCUUCCCCUGGUAUAGUAGCUGCGAAUGAGAAGGGAGGGAGAGAGACACUGCGGAUGAGAGAAGGGAGAUUAUGGCACUUUUAAUAGAAGUGAGAGACCAUAACGUUGAUUUAAAUAUUAUCCAGGUGACCACAGUAAGUCAAGGUCAUAAAAUUCUAAUGUCAGGUUCGCCCUGGAAAGCGUUGGGGGUGGAUUUUAUGAUCUGCAAAUAUAAUGUGCUGCAGCAGUAAAGAUGCGUUUAAAGGUGUGUGUGGAGGAGGGCUAAUCCACACAGCAGAGACUGCAAUGUGCAGGAUCCAGCCGAGGCGCUGGGUGCUGGCAGGGAGCAGCCUUGCCUUCCGAAACCGGGAUAAUGGGAGCUUCGCGGAAGCAGGAGAUGGGAAAGAUGCUGGAUAAAAAAAAAAAAAGAAGAAGAAGAAGAAGAGGAAAAAAAGAGAAAGCUGGACUGCGAAAGCGACUGCUGCUGGAACAAUAAUAACAACAAGGCAUCACGGCGAAACACGUGGAUAACUAAAACGCACCCGGGAAAGCGUCAGCGGGAGGCAUGUGAAGAGGGAUCUUCGGGACAGUCGCCGCCUCUACCAGCCGCUCGCCUGCGUUUAUCCCUCCCGGAGGCAAUAAAAGCCGCGACUGCACGGGGAAUGGGAGAAAAAAGGAGCAAAGCCAAGAAAAAAAAAAAAAAAAAGACUUUUCCUCCCACCGGGUCCCACUGCCUUCAUGAGCGCCCUAUCACCGGGGACGUGAAGACCGCCUGACGAGGAGGAGAUGUGCGCUGUGUUGAUAUUUCCAACUCGCCAUCGUGACCCCUCAGCUGCUGUGUUGGACCCAAAACUACGGACAGCCUGCAGGGGCCAGUCCUCGGGUCAGGAUGAGUGUGGCCGUGGAUUUAUCAGUAAAGAAACGCAGGCUGAUCAUUGAAAUGUUGUCUGAAGAAAAAUCGCAGAAGCUUCUUCGGGCGCCCCAAGUUGCCGGCGGAUUACUUUGCAACUCCAGAGCUCUGUCAUUGGAGGAGGACCGCACGUGACCACGGCACCCUUCUGUUCCAGGUUGAACCCAGGUGAACAGUUUCAGAGCCCACUGGAGCCUCUGGUUCACUGCCAUGCCAAGGGCAAGCUGGACAUCAAGAGCAGGAGCUGCAGUCUACUCACCAUCUGCCGCUCAGGAGUAAUGUUUCCCUGG